AUGAUGGCGUACCACAUAGUUCGAGUAGAUUAUUGCUUAUUUGUACCGAAUUCACUGGUGAGGAUUGCAGCAAAUGCAGAAGUUGAUUAUCCAAGAUUUACUUUGAGUGAUCCAACUCGAACGUAUCCAUAUCUACACUGGCAUCCAGCAAAAUCAAUAGCCGGCUUGAUCGGCUUCUUCCGGAUUAUCUUCGUGAUACGGUCGAAUGGAUAA